AACAAGAAUUGAACCAAAAACAAAUCAAAAUUUUUAACUGAAGGAAUCGUAGAAAUAAUUAUAUCAUUAGAUGUCUCUUAAAUUGAGUUUAACUGUUCCCUUUGCAAGCAAACGUGACGCUGAAAUUGUCUACGAUGUCUUGAGAGUAGACGAGGAGCCAAAACGCGGUGGUACAAACAAGACUCUUAAACUUGUUGAUUCAACACUUGAAGUAUGUUUUGAAGCUUCAGAGACAAGGCACCUGCGAAUUGCCUCAAACUCCUUUUUUGAGCAUCUCAUCCUUGUACAAGAAACAAUCAAAACGUUCGGUCCGGCCAAAACAGAAAAAUAUGACCACUGGUAGUAGGAAAGAGCAGCAGGUACACACGCCUGCCCCAACCCCCAGCAGAGCCAUCCAGGGGUUGGUGCUCUAUUUAGGGUGCCGCGGUGCUUUCAUCUUUUAUCUGAUUUGGGUUCUUGUGCCCGAUCCCUGGUUGAGACAAGCAGGAUUAG